AUGGCGACCAACAUGACCUCGUCGCCGCCCUCGUCCUCGUCCUCGUACGACCUGCCGCCGCUGCCCGCAUACACCCUCCAGCCUCUCCCCCAGCUCGUCUCCUGGGCCUCGGACGCCGCCGUCCAGACAGCCCUGCCCAUCAUCGCGUACUGGGCCGUCUCGCUCGUCUUCCACGCAAUCGACGUAUUCGACCUCUUCGCCAAGUACCGCCUGCACACCCCCGCCGAAGUGCUCAAGCGCAACCACGUCACGCGAUGGGAGGUCUUUCGCGACGUCGUCCUGCAGCAGGUCAUCCAGUCCACGGCCCUCAUGGGCCUGGCGUACUAUGACGAUGCGCCCUCCACCGGCACAGCAGAGCACGACAUCGCCUGGUACGCCCAGAAGCUCCGGCUUGCCCAGCGCGCUGUUCCUUUCGUCUUGUCCACCGCCGGCCUCAACCCCGCCGCAUUGGCCUCCAAGCUGUCUGCAGCACAGCCCGCCCUGGCCUCGGUCGUCCUGGGAGGACGCUACGCUGCACUGCCUGCCUUUGCUUCGUGGGAGCUCAGCACGGCAAGCUUCCUGUACUGGUACGCCGUGCCCGCGAUCCAGUUCGUCGCCGCCAUCGUCAUCAUCGAUGCCUGGGAGUACAUGCUGCACCGCGCCAUGCACAUGAACAAGUGGCUCUAUGUCACCUUCCACUCGCGCCACCACCGUCUCUACGUUCCGUACGCGUACGGCGCCCUGUACAACCACCCGCUCGAGGGCUUUGCCUUGGACACCCUCGGCGGCGGGCUUGGAUACCUGCUCACGGGCAUGACGAUGCGCCAGUCCAUGUGGUUCUUCACCGGCUCCACCAUCAAGACCGUGCUCGACCACAGCGGCUACGAGUUCCCCUACGACCCGCUGCACUACAUCUUCCCCAACAACGCCGCCUACCACGACAUCCACCACCAGAGCUGGGGCAUCAAAACCAACUUCUCCCAACCUUUCUUCGUCUACCUCGACCGCCUCGGUGGCACCAUGUACGAGGGCGACACAUCAGCGAAAUACGAGCGUGCCCGCCGCACUGCGCAGGACAAGUUUGACCAGGAGAAGGAGAACGAGCUCAACGCAGUCUUGGCAGACGCUGCGACAAGUGACGAGAGUCUGCGCGCGCAGGGUGCCUCCACGCCUCGCAUCUCGCGCAAGAAAGCGUUGAGUAUCUCGUCGUCCGCCGGCAACUUCAAAGACCUGACAAACAAAGUCAACCAGAAUCUGCACGGCAGAGGAGCCGGCGUGCUACGGGCUGAGAGCUCGCGUUGA